ACCAACUCCUCUCCAAAUUCCAACCGUUGGCCUUUGCAACAAUGUGGUAUAAAUACUAGGCUAUAUUUAUUGUUUUAUAUAUGAUGUUCUGCGCCGCGAAUACAUUCUCAUGGACUCAAAUGAAAGUCAUCCAAACAAACGACGAUGUGUCAAAGAACGCGUCCGUGUUCGCGUCACCCGUGCCUGCGACAACUGUAAAAAGAAGAAGCUACGCUGCUCAGGUACUCAGCCAUGCUCCUUGUGCCAGCGUUCCGAAUUAGUGUGCGAGUACACAGCUGGUUACACUCGAGGAAAAGUGCCACCGAUACCCAAUGGGAGUGAUUCGAGCCCGGCCAGCCAGCAUGUCGAACAUCCAGCAGGUCAAGCGAUAGACAGCUCAACUCCUCCCGAGCCGCCUAAUGUCCGAAACGAUGCACUCUUGCAAACAGAUAAGCCUGUCAAUCUUCCAUCGUCUGGCAAUUCCCCAGAACCACACCAGACGGAUAUGGAAGGCCACUAUGUUGGCCCAGCGUCUGGCGUCUCUUUCUUGAUACGAGUACAAAAGAGACUUCAUGAGAACAUUUCGUUUCCACGUACCAGCCCGAUUUUCAGUUUCGGUGACGCCCCACUUCCAAAAUACGAUCCAUCCUUCCUGGUAAUCCCUAGUAAAGAUGACGCGAAAGCGCUCCUUGAAAGAUAUUUUGACUUUGCGUUUCCAACGCACCGUUUCCUACACCAACCGCAGGCUGAGGGUUGGCUCGAUGACUUCUAUCGGGAUCCCGGCGAGGCUCAGUCACCCAGGCCUGGCGCGAUGGCAAUACGAGCAUUGCUUCUCAUGAUUUUUGCGCACGCGAAGCAGUGCUUACCAGAGUCAGAGAGCUCUUUAGGCUCUUGCGUAAACAGUGCUGUUUAUUUCGCGGCUUCAGAGCAUCAUCUUGCUGCGGAAACCGGACCUGUCCGCCUCACGAGCGUGCAGGCACGAUUGGCUCAGUGCUUUUACCUAUUGGGACAUUCUCGAAUCAAUCAUUGCUGGAGCUUGUUCGGAACCACAGCACGACUUGCUAUAGCCAUCGGCUUGCAUCGUGGACGGCGGCGCGAGCUUACAGCAGGUGGGGACUUUGUUGAACAGGAGUGUCGCAAACGAGUCUUCUGGUGCAUGUAUAGCUUGGACAAUUAUCUGAGUGCUGCCCUGGGCCGCCCGCGCAUUUUCCACGACGAUGAAAUUGACCAAGAGCUUCCUGCGAUUGCAAACGAUAUUCAGAUCACGCCGAGUGGCAUCGCUCCGGCCAUGUCCAGCGCCCAAAGCAUCAUGUUAGCCCCCGUGUAUCAUGCUAAACUAUCCAGAAUCAUUAGCGGCAUUCUUCGUGACCUGUAUGGCAUACGAAGAGCGACACUUCAAUCGCAUUUGACGGCUGCUGCGAAGCAUGGAGCAGAUAUGGCCAAGUGGCGAAGUGAGCUGUCCGCUUUCGUUGAUAUGCCGAGUGUCGAUAUGUUGAUGCUCACCUACCAACGACAGUACACCGUGUUGAAUCUCGCUUUCUACCAUGCUCAGAUCCUACUUUACCGCCCGUUCAUCCUCAAGGACUCGAAAAACUGGGCGUCCUCCGUCUCCGACGGUAUUAAUCAGCUUCAAGAGUCGGUUAACCAUAACAUCGAGCACUGCCUGAGGGCCGCCAUGAAGAUUACUGGAAUUUUGCGGGACUUGUGCGAGAGCGGUAGGAUGUACAAAACAUUCUGGUUUACACAUUACUAUGCGUUUUCCGCAAUUGUCGUGAUAUAUGUGCACUUUAUCCAAUUCUCUUCACAGGCAUUUAGUGUUGGGGAAAUCUCAGCCCGACUUCAAGCAGGCGAACAAGCUCAACAAUACCUAGCAGCAUGCGGAUCACGAUCAUCUUUCGCUCAGCGUUACGCCAUGGUACUCGAAGAGCUUCGAACGGAGGCACAUAAGUGCAUGCAACAAAAGCUAUCCAAUAGCCACCGAAUAACAAAUAAUGUCAAUAUAGAGACGGGGCCACAAAGUCUCGACGGCCCCAGGGAGCAGACCAGCUACAAUGCAUCGGCCUUUCCUCAGCCUGCAUUUAUUGGCAUUCCAGCUAGCGCAGGUGAUGUGUCUGCAGACCAUACGUCCCUGGGUCUAUCACAGGUGCAAACCGAGCCGCAAGUGUGGAUAGGAGAUUUGAUGCAAGAUAGCAGUCCUACAACCUACAUCCCCAAUCUUACCAGCUGGGGGGACCUCGAUUCAUUGGCCUUGACCGGCCUAGGCGAAUUGGGUUAUCUAUUUUCGUCUGACAACCUCCAGGGCUUUGAGAAUUGAUGCCUCGCACCGACAGGCCUUCCUUUAGUACGGACUCAAUUCCUUAGCCAGGCGUGGCUCUAUUACAACAGUGCACCGUAUAGAUUGCCGAAUGCCCGAGCCCUGGAUGGUUAGCCGCGCUUUAAAAAUCUAUGUUGAUCCACCGUGGGAGAUUACCUUCACCUUGGCGAGUUCUUAGGAGCCAUACCUUCCUUGCCGUUCAGCUGGAGGAGGGGGCACCGUGUUUCCGGAUAAGAUGGCGGGGGACUGAUGACCACGCGCGGUUUUUUGGCCCCGAUCUGAGCAGAUGUAGGAGAAUCCACCGCGCAUACCGAGCUGGCUCAAACCCGCGUCCAGCCGGCUUCCUUCAUGCUCAUUACUAUCCGAAAGAGUGCGGGGAAGCUCUAGUCCUAUGCAAUACUCAAUAAUGACUACUUGGCGAAUGGCGAAAUCUAGGAAAUGGCCGAAUCGGAUAUUGCUGUUCUCUUAUCCGAACCCCGCAAUACUUUUCCGAGCACAGCCCUAACAACGCUCAGGGCAGGCCGUGGGGAAUAAUGCAUGGGCUCCUCAUUUGAAAAGAAAUGUGCUUCCAUCGUGCGCUAGUCAUACUACUAUAUUCUUGUUGGGCCCUUACUCGCAAUCUAGAUGCAGAAAUCUUCCUCGCGGCAAUCACCUCGAUCUUCCACUUGAACAAUGCUUGUAGCAACUCAGCUCGACGAUGACGUCUUGGUUGACGAAAAGGACACAUUAAAGAAUGUUACGACUCUUCCUCCAACACCCCCGGCGGACUCGGAUGCACCCUUGCACACCAUAAACGAUAUUCUGUUGCAUCGCAUCCCAUAUCCGCCUGACGCUCCCUUGGUUGGCUACCCACAAAGCCCCCAUGGAGUACGCGAUUAUGCUUUUUACACGGCAAAGGAUCUGGACAAAUUCUCCAAUGGAGCUGCUAGAGCUCUAAGAGACGCCGGGCUUCCGAAGUUCUCGGAUCCUGUCGAGAACCGAGUAGUGGCAAUAAUUGGCCCCUCUAACCUGGACUACGUUGUUUCUUUAUUUGCGCUCUCCCGCCUGGGAUACGCCAUCUUGCUGCUCUCAACUCGGCUCAGCACCGAGGCGUAUACGAAUCUGCUCGCCAAAACUAGGUGCAGCCAUGUUAUUUAUUCAUCUGCGACGGAAAAAGCAGUGGCGCAAAUUCAAGACGCAGUGCCAGAAAUCAACGUCUUCUCUAUCCCAGAGUUUUCAAUCUACUCAGAGUGCACUGAGUCCUCAGAUCUGCAGCAGACUGCGCGGCCCGAGUUGGGUCGGAAAUGGGCUUUCAUUAUCCACUCCUCUGGCUCUACUGGGCUCCCAAAGCCCAUUUUCCAGACACAUGCGGCUUGUAUUGCCAAUUACAGUACGAGCAACUCGUACCGCGCAUUGUUAACGCUUCCACUUUAUCACAAUCACGGAUUGUGUACGUUCUUCCGGUGUUUGUUCAAAGCGAAGCCGAUUGCUAUCUACAACGCCAACUUGCCCAUCACUGGCAAGAAUAUCCUUGAGGUAAUGGACGUGUUUGAGCCGGAGAGCUUUCAUGGCGUGCCCUAUGUCUUGAAGCUCUUGAGCGAGGUUGACGGCGGAGUGGAAGCACUCGCGAAAUGCCAGCAGGUUCUUUUUGGGGGCAGCAGCUGCCCAGACGAUCUUGGGGAUUAUCUGGUAGAUCACGGAGUCAGACUGAUUAGCCAUUAUGGAGCGUCCGUGUUCCCUGCUUUUCUUACUUUGUAAAAUAGAACUAACAUAUGAGGUAGAACCGAGCUUGGUC